AUGCUCACAGUCAGAGAGCAGCCGUCCUCCUGUGGACUCACCACCUGCAGAGGUCUGGCUGUCCUCAGUCUGGCUGUCCUCAGUCUGGCUGUCCUCAGUCUGGCUGUUCUCAGUCUGGCUGUCCUCAGUCUGGCUGUUCUCAGUCUGGCUGUCCUCAGUCUGGCUGUCCUCAGUCUGGCUGUUCUCAGUCUGGCUGUCCUCAGUUUGGCUGUCCUCAGUCUGGCUGUCCUCAGUCUGGCUGUCCUCAGUCUGGCUGUCCUCAGUCUGGCUGUUCUCAGUCUGGCUGUCCUCAGUCUGGCUGUCCUCAGUCUGGCUGUCCUCAGUCUGGCUGUUCUCAGUUUGGCUGUCCUCAGUCUGGCUGUUCUCAGUCUGGCUGUCCUCAGUCUGGCUGUCCUCAGUCUGGCUGUCCUCAGUCUGGCUGUCCUCAGUUUGGCUGUCCUCAGUCUGGCUGUCCUCAGUCUGGCUGUCCUCAGUUUGGCUGUCCUCAGUCUGGCUGUCUCAGUCUGGCUGUCCUCAGUCUGGCUGUCCUCAGUCUGGCUGUCUCAGUCUGGCUGUCCUCAGUCUGGCUGUCCUCAGUCUGGCUGUCCUCAGUCUGGCUGUCCUCAGUCUGGCUGUCCUCAGUCUGGCUGUCCUCAGUCUGGCUGUCCUCAGUCUGCGCGUUGCUGUUCUCAGUCUGGCUGUUCUCAGUGUGGUUUCAGUCCUCAGUCUGGCUGUCCUCAGUCUGGCUGUCCUCAGUGGCUGUCUCAGUCUGGCUGUCCUCAGUCUGGCUGUCUCAGUCUGGCUGUCUCAGUCUGGCUGUCCUCAGUCUGGCUGGCUCAGUCUGGCUGUCUCAGUCUGGUCUGGCCUCAGUCUGGCUGUCCUCAGUCUGGCUGUCCUCAGUCUGGCUGUCUCAGUCUGGCUGUCCUCAGUCUGGCUGUUCUCAGUCUGGCUGUCCUCAGUCUGGCUGUUCUCAGUCUGGCUGUCCUCAGUUUGGCUGUCCUUAGUCUGGCUGUCCUCAGUCUGGCUGUUCUCAGUCUGGCUGUCCUCAGUCUGGCUGUCCUCAGUCUGGCUGUCCUCAGUCUGGCUGUUCUCAGUCUGGCUGUUCUCAGUCUGGCUGUCUCUCAGUCUGGCUGUCCUCAGUUUGGCUUCUGGCUGUCCUCAGUCUGGCUGUCUCAGUCUGGCUGUCUCAGUCUGGCUGUCCUCAGUCUGGCUGUCCUCAGUCUGGCUGUCUCAGUCUCGUCUAGUCUGGCUGUCCUCAGUCUGGCUGUCCUCAGUCUGGCUGUCCUCAGUCUGGCUGUCCUCAGUCUGGCUGUCCUCAGUCUGGCUGUCCUCAGUCUGGCUGUCCUCAGUCUGGCUGUCCUCAGUCUGCUGUCCUCAGUCUGGCUGUCCUCAGUCUGGCUGUCCUCAGUCUGGCUGUCCUCAGUCUGGCUGUCCUUCUCAGUCUGGCUGUCCUCAGUCUGGCUGUCCUCAGUCUGGCUGUCCUCAGUCUGGCUGUCCUCAGUCUGGCUGUCCUUAGUCUGGCUGUCCUUAGUCUGGCUGUCCUCAGUCUGGCUGUCCUCAGUCUGGCUGUCCUCAGUCUGGCUGUCCUCAGUCUGCUGUCCUGUGUCUCAGUCUGGCUGUCCUCAGUCUGGCUGUCUGGCUGUCAGUCUGGCUGUCCUCAGUCUGGCUGUCCUCAGUCUGGCUGUCCUCAGUCUGGCUGCUGUCCUCAGUCUGGCUGUCCUCAGUCUGGCUGUCCUCAGUCUGGCUGUCCUCAGUCUGGCUGUCUCAGUCUGGCUUCUGGCUGUCCUCAGUCUGGCUGUCCUUAGUCUGGCUGUCCUCAGUCUGGCUGUUCUCAGUCUGGCUGUCCUCAGUCUGGCUGUCCUUAGUCUGGCUGUCCUCAGUCUGGCUGUUCUCAGUCUGGCUGUUCUCAGUCUGGCUGUCCUCAGUCUGGCUUCUGGCUGUCUCAGUUUGGCUGUCCUCAGUCUGGCUGUCCUCAGUCUGGCUGUCCUCAGUCUGGCUGUCCUCAGUCUGGCUGUCCUCAGUCUGGCUGUCCUCAGUCUGGCUGUCCUCAGUCUGGCUGUCCUCAGUCUGGCUGUCCUCAGUCUGGCUGUUCUCAGUCUGGCUGUCCUCAGUCUGGCUGUCCUCAGUCUGGCUGUCCUCAGUCUGGCUGUCCUCAGUCUGGCUGUCCUCAGUCUGGCUGUCCUCAGUCUGGCUGUCCUCAGUCUGGCUGUCCUCAGUCUGGCUGUCCUCAGUCUGGCUGUCCUCAGUCUGGCUGUCCUCAGUCUGGCUGUUCUCAGUCUGGCUGUCCUCAGUCUGGCUGUCCUCAGUCUGGCUGUCCUCAGUCUGGCUGUCCUCAGUCUGGCUGUCCUCAGUCUGGCUGUCCUCAGUCUGGCUGUUCUCAGUCUGGCUGUCCUCAGUCUGGCUGUCCUCAGUCUGGCUGUCCUCAGUCUGGCUGUCCUCAGUCUGGCUGUCCUCAGUCUGGCUGUUCUCAGUCUGGCUGUCCUCAGUCUGGCUGUCCUCAGUCUGGCUGUCCUCAGUCUGGCUGUCCUCAGUCUGGCUGUUGGCUCAGUCUGGCUGUCCUUAGUCUGGCUUCUGGCUGUCCUCAGUCUGGCUGUCCUCAGUCUGGCUGUCCUCAGUCUGGCUGUCCUCAGUCUGGCUGUCCUCAGUCUGGCUGUCCUCAGUCUGGCUGUCCUCAGUCUGGCUGUCCUCAGUCUGGCUGUCCUCAGUCUGGCUGUUCUCAGUCUGGCUGUCCUCAGUCUGGCUGUCCUCAGUCUGGCUGUCCUCAGUCUGGCUGUUCUCAUGCCUUUGCCGGCGCCUCUGCCUCUGCCGGCGCUGGUGCCUCUGCUGGCGCCGGUGCCUCUGCCGGUGCCUCUGCUGGUGGCUCGCCGUCUGGCUGAACAUGAUGCACCAAGCUGGACUCGCACUCAAUCCCCAGAGUGGGUGUUGAGCAGCCCCGCGCUCAUGUUCUCAGUCGCUAGGGAUAACACCUGCUCCUAG